AUGGUCCUAUGGAGCUUUGUGAUCCUUGUGUUGGUGCUUAUUAUAUAUGUGGCAAGAUCGGUAACUUUGAAUAAAAGUAAAGGUAAAUUGCCUCCAGGAGGAAGAGGAUGGCCUAUAGUUGGUGAUAGCAUACGUUGGUAUAAUUCUAUUGCAAGUUCUAACCCAACUACUUAUGUUCAACAACAAGUUCUAAGGUAUGGAAAGAUAUUUUCAUGCAAUAUAUUUGGGAGAAGGGCAGUGGUAUCAGCUGAUCCCAUUUUCAAUAGAUUUGUGAUGAACAAUGAAGGAAAGCUGUUCAAAUCCAGUUAUCCGAAGUCGUUUCAGGAUUUGGUUGGGGUGAACGGUGUUAUUACCGCUCAAGGAGAUCAACACCGGAAGCUUCACACAAUCGCGUCAAAUAUGAUGCGUUCUGACACCCUUAAGUCUCAUUUCCUCAUCGAUAUCCAACUCGUUGUGAAACAAACUUUCACUAAUUUACCUCAAAAUGAGACCAUUUUGCUUCAAGAUGUCUGCAGAAAGUUGGCUAUAAACCUGAUGGUGAAUCAAUUGCUAGGGGUAUCAAGCGAGACAGAAGUCGGUGAAAUGGCACAACUGUUCUCAGAUUUUGUAGACGGUUGUCUAUCUAUUCCUGUGAGUUUGCCUGGAUUUGCUUAUCACACCGCCAUGAACGCAAGAAAAAAUAUAAUUCGAAAGAUCAAUAAGAUUAUAUUUGAUUCCAGAAAGGGUGAUGAUACUAAUAAUGGUGAUGGUGGGUUGGUCGGGAGACUUGCGAGGGAGGGAUGCCUCCCAGAUGAUGCAAUUUCCGACUUCAUCAUCAACCUCAUAUUUGCUGGAAACGAGACAACAGCUAAAACCAUGCUUUUCGCCAUAUAUUUCUUGACUAGUUCUUCAGAUGCCUGUGAUAAAAUAUUGGAGGAGCACCAAAACAUAAGGAACAGAAGGCUCGAAUUAGGUGGUGAAAUCAACAUGUUAACUUGGGAAGACUACAAAUCGAUGUCAUUUACUCAACAUGUAAUAGAUGAAACUCUUCGAUUAGGUGGUAUUGCGAUUUGGCUAAUGAGGGAAGCAAAAGAAAAUGUAGAAUAUCAGGAUUACGUCAUCCCAAAAGGUAGCUUCGUGGUUCCAUUUAUCUCAGCAGUUCAUCAAGACCCGAAUAUCUAUGAAGGAGCAACUACCUUCAAUCCUUUUAGAUGGAUGGAUCCUGGAAACCAUGAGAAGAGAAGUUGGAGAACUAGUCCAUUUUACUCUCCUUUCGGAGGAGGAGCUCGCCUGUGUCCUGGUGCAGAGUUGGCUCGCCUGCAAAUUGCGUUUUUUUUGCAUUACUUUGUGACUUGUUACAGGUGGAGGCAAGUUAAGGAGGAUAACAUGUCUUUCUUCCCAUCGGCUAGAUUGGUUAAUGGAUUCCCAAUUCAUCUUACCAAAAUAAUAUAACACAUCGUA